UUUGGACCGAAAUUUCCUCAACUUGGAAGCAAAAUUGAAAGCAUUGCUCUGAGGAAUAAUAAGUUCACUGCAAGCAUUCCAGAGAAAGUUCAGUCCUAUUAUCAGCUUGAACAUUUUGAUAUUUCUUCCAACAACUUUGUGGGGCCAUUUCCUCCAUCGUUAAUAUCUUUGUCAUCCAUCACAUAUCUGAAUGUUGCAGGAAACAAGUUAACGGGAAUGCUUUUUGAAGAUAAUCCAUGCAACACUGCAUUAGAUUUUGUUGAUCUGUCUGCUAAUCUGUUGACAGGAACAUCACCUAGUUGCCUUCUGUCUAGUUCUAGGAACAGGAUUGUGCAUUUUUCCAAUAACUGCUUAGCCACCGGAGAUGGUACUCAACAUCCAUUGUCUUUUUGCCGGAAUGAGGCUUUGGCUGUUGGUGUCUUACCUCAUCAUCAAAGACAAAAACCUUCUUCUAAAUUGAUUCUUGCCUUGAUCAUAUGUGGUAGCAUCACUGGUGGAGUCAUACUAGUAUGCCUCACCAUCUUCAUUGUCAAAUCUUUUCUUGCAAAGAAGGCUGCCCAGAAAACCCCAACCAGAUUCAUUUCAGAAGAUGCAUCAUCUUCAUAUACCUCCAAGUUAUUCACAGAUGCAAGAUACAUUACUCAAGCAAUGAAGCUAGGAGCACUUAGUCUUCCAUCUUAUAGAACCUUCUCUCUAGAAGAACUUGAGGUGGCUACGAACAACUUUGAUACAGCAACUUUUAUGGACGAAAUUUCUAAUGGCCAGAUGUACAGAGGCCAGAUGAGGGAUGGUUCAUAUGUUACCAUUAGAUGCCUGAAAAUGAAAAGAAGCACCACUACUCAAAAUUUUAUGCAUCACAUAGAGUUGAUAUCCAAGUUCAGACACCAGCAUUUGGUCAGUUCUCUUGGACACUGCUUUGAGUGUUACUUGGAUGAUUCAAGUGUUAGCAGAAUAUUUCUCGUCUUUGAAUACGUACCUAAUGGGACCCUAAGGAGCUGGAUUUCUGAUAAACAUGCUAGACGGAAACUAACUUGGACGCAACGUAUAGCAGCUGCUACAGGGGUAGCAAAGGGCCUACAAUUCUUGCAUAAUGGAAUUAUCCCUGGGCUUUUUUCAAAUAAUUUGAAGAUAACAGAUAUCUUGCUGGAUCAGAACCUUGUUGCAAAAAUUGGCAGCUACAAUUUACCUAUUCUGUCUGAGAAUGUUGGAAAGGAAUACUAUCAAACUUUUCCCGUUCGUUAUAACCAGAGGGAAAAAUAUGAUGAGAAGUUGGAUGUGUAUGACUUUGGAGUUAUACUGUUGGAAAUCAUUACGGGGACGCAGAUAAAUACCAAAAGUGAUGUCCUAGUUCUACAAAAUCAGUUGCAAGUAAGCAUAAUGGGCAAUGAAGCAUCAAGAAAGAAUGUGGUCGAUGGAGCAAUAAGAAGUUCAUGCUCGGGUGAAUCAUUGAAGACAAUGAUAGAGAUGUGCUGCAGGUGUUUGUACGAAGAUCCGGUGGACAGGCCUUCGAUGGAGGAUGUGCUAUGGAAUUUGCAGUUUGCAGCUCAAGUUCAGGAUGAUUCUGAUGUCUCUCCAAUUUCACCUCUACAACCUUCAGGCCAACUCGUCAUUCAAUAGAAACCAUGUCAAU